GCAGUUUGGGCAAGUUUGGAAGGGCAGCAUCAGUCACCGGCACACGCUGCUCAACGUACCACAUCCACUCCCGUGUCUGGCUCCGCUACAUCAACACUAUCACCCACAGAACAAAGUCGCAACGAAGAAGGCCCAGAACCUACCCCAGUAAGAUGGAUGAUAUUGCCCGCAGCUGCUCGAAAGGACAGGGCGGAUGAUGUACCUACUCAGUUGGAAACUGGUAAGGAAUUAAGAUACAACAUCCAACACACAAUUGUGGAACUACCUGGCAGUCAUAGCACAGUGGGAACCACCAGCUCACAAGUAUAA